ACUAGUCCCCAUUCUCAAAAACUAUAUCGCACGUACUCAACGUGAGUUAACAUAGUAAAGUAAAGCUCUACUCCUCCGAGUCAUCGCCAUUGUUAGCAUGAGAUCUAAUUGCGAUCAUGGAGAAGCAAAAGCAAGGAAGAGGCAUUGCAGGUUUAAUUGGAGCGAGUGGCAUUAUAUAUAUAUAUAUAUAUUCUGCUGUGCUUCAAAUUCUGCUAUAUAUAUAUAUAUAUAUAUAUAUAUAUUCUCGUUUAGGACUCCUCACGGAUGCAAGUGAGUAUGCUUUUCCAGAUGCUUGUGAUAUGCAUAUUUCUGCUUCGGAUAGGGAAAUGAGGUUUGGGAUGGUUUUUGUUUGUUUAAUCUCCUGCUGGAAUAGGGAAAUUAGGGCAUUAUCUGCUUUGGUUUAAGAAGUUUGGCGUUUUCAUCUACUUGGGUGUUUUGGGUGUCACAAAACUAGGUUUUGUUUAGUUAGGAUUACUUAGUGAUGCCAAAGAGGUAUGAUGGAGAUUUUUUUUGUUGCAUUUUCUAACAGAAGUUGUGAAAAGAGUACUUUUUGAUCGAUCAAUUCAAUUCACAUCAAUUCGGUUCUUAAGUCAGAUAUGUUCACUUUUGCUUCUGAGAAGAAAUCAAGGAAUGGUUACAUGUUGUUUAAUGUUGUAGUAGAGCUUUAUAUUGUUUUAAUUAGAGAAAUUUGGCGUUUCUUAUGUAAAGUAGGAACUAAUGAUUGCUCAGUGAUGCAAAAGGCUAUGAUGGGUAAUCCAAGAAUGAUUUUUAAUCUCUAGGAAACUUAUAGUUACUGUACUCCAGGGGAGAUGGGGGCUUUUGAUAUUAUCUUAAUGAUAUGUGGGAACCAAAGUGCUUCUCUUUCUGUCAUACUAGUUAAUAACAAAGCAUUGAUGUGGGAAAAUGUCUUAUUAUUUUAUUCCUCUUUUAACCUGUCCCUAGUAGCGAUUUGAGGAGUUUCACAUUUGUCUGAGUUAAAAUUAUAUGACUAUUGGGUGAUGAUUGGUUGUGUGUUAGUGAGCAUACGAGUGAUAUAGAAGCAUAUGACAUUGGCGUUUUUCUUUUCUUAGAGUGCUUGCGUCUGCGAGAACUGGAUACUUUGGUUUUAAUCGUCCCUUUAAUAUAGCUACUUUUUGAGUAGCUCAACUUCCAGGUGUGGAUCAAAUAGCUCUCUCAAUGAGUCAAUGGAGCAGUAUCACUCUGAUUAUAUCCUGUAUGGAUUAAUAAAGCACAGAAUGAUCCUUAUAUUGAUGCUACUAGUGCUUUAAAGGAUCAUAAGAGCAGCAUGAUAGACACUUACCAACAAUUUUUUCAGGAGAUCAGAUUUUAGGUUUCCUCUUCAUUUUAUGAGUUUUGUAUCCUCUCUAGACUGAGGUAUUUAUGCCCAUUAUGCUUUGGCUAAUUCUGCCUUCUUAUCAUUCGUUACACUGUUGUUCCUAAUUAGAAGGUUUGCUAGAAUGCUAUCUACAUCUGGUACCUCUCCAGGACAACCCUUUUGAUGAUGUAAAUUGUCAAAGUUGAUCACAAGAAAUCAUUGUUUUAAUCAUUUACAUUUGAAUUUUAAAGUUGACAAGAGUUUCUGUGCCUAUUGGAAGACAUGGAAUUAUACUUUGCAUAUCCCAACUCUUAAUCUAUGGAGAUUAAUUUAGUGCCAUUGAAUUCUUUUAGUCAAAUUUUAUUUCUUAAUUAAAUAUGGUUUAAAUCUCUAUAUAUGUUCAUACAGAUAUGGCAAAGAGAAAGCUCAAAGUAUGCUCUGUUGAGGAUGAUCAAGGGCAAGUUCUACUGAUUAGUCACUUCCAUUUCCCAUGUUCAUUUGAUAGAAAAGUGUCGUUUCUUUUAAAAUCAGGUUAAGGAGCAUGCAAGGAAACUUUUGGAGAAGCACAUAAGGAAGCCGUUCUUCAAUGCCCGUUAUGCAGAUUCGGUGGAACGCAUGAGCGUUGAGGAGUUUGAACAAGGAAAAGAAUGGCUUAAUGAUACAUUUCAUUUAAUCCGCAGAGGCGAGGAUGAUUGCCUUCCAUCUGUUAAAUGGGUUCUUGAGCUUGCAAAAGCUGCAGUUCGAAGAUAUAGAGUGCGUGGACUUGUGAUUGAUCCCUACAAUGAACUUGAUCAUCAACGACCUCCAAAUCAAACCGAAACAGAGUAUGUGAGCCAGAUUCUUACUAUGAUAAAGCGCUUUGCUCAACAUCAUGGUUGCCAUGUCUGGUUUGUAGCUCAUCCAAAACAAAUUGAAGCAACAAGCAGGAUUUGAUGUUCGCAUUUGAAGAAUGUUUAGCUGGAGCUUUUUACUUUCCUUUGUUUUAGCUUUCGAAUAUUUGGGGUUCAAAUAAAUUUUCUAUUGCAUUGAUUUCUAUUAGAACAUAAAAACUUGUUUUCUGCAUUUCAUCACUGCUAUAGAUCAACAAUCUUAUAGUUUUAUUACAACCAUUUUUACUGUGUUGUUAUACUUCUCUAUUGCAAUUUAGUAAUAUGAUUCUAUUUUGUUCCGGAUA